GAAUUCCUUUCUCUUGACCGUGCCGUGCGACCGUCCCGCCUUUUUUUUCCACCACCGCAUUCCACUUUACUCGGUCUCUCUCUACGACAUCGGCAAGGAGGUAGUUUCUCUGUCUUCUCUUCUCCGUUUGAACCUCUUUGACUCACACAACCCGUGACAUCGGCACGAUUACAUGAACUCACACCAGUCGUGUUUGCAACGAUCAUUUCCCUGCGACCUCAGAUCGGCCCCAUGACCAAGGUACCCGACGCCUGGGAGGACGAAUGGUCCAGCGGAGCAGAUCCAACUACUCCCGCCAACGAAUCCGCCGAGUCGAAAAAGGCUUCUUCAAAAGUGACCAAAGCCCAGCGCAGGGCUCAGCAGGCCGAAUUCAACAGACAACUAUGGGCAGAAGCUGAAGGACCAAAAGAGACGAAUUACUUUCUUGAAUCCCGUAAUGUCCCACCACUACGAUCCGAAUUCAAACCUCCCCCCAUCCUCUUAUCCAGAAAGGGUCCCAUCAUUCAGUCGUCGUCCCGACCACCACCCACCUCCGGCCUCUCGGACCUCUCGUUGAACGACAAAGCUGCCGCCGAAUCUUCAGAGGACGAAGACGAGGUCAAGGCGCGCGAACUUUCUCUUGCUGAACGUCAGGCACAAGCCGCCAAGGAUCGGGAAGAGAAGCAAAGGAAAUACGAAGAGAGAAGGUUGGAAUUGUUCGGCCCGAGUAGUGGUGUUGCGGCAUCCAACAAUACCUCGUCCCACGUCAAUAUUAACAAUAACAAAUCCGGCAAUUCGAGUCCGUCGAGUUUGACACCUCCAGGGUCAAGAUCGGCCACUCCGAAUCAACGAGGACGAGGAAAAGGUGGCGGUCGACGAGGUGGUGGCGGUGGUGGUAGCGCGAUCAUCAAUUCGAGAAAUCAAUCUAGGGGUUCGCAACAACAACGUGACCUCUAUGAUCCUUCAUACGUUCAGAGACCCGACUCUGGGUACAUUCAGCGCCGUGAAAAUGCCUCUGGUACAUCCGGCACCCGAACCCCAGAGAUUCAACCCAUCAGAGCACCUCGAGGACCGGAUGGUUCCGGGAGAGGUGGAUUCGGGUUUGCUCAGACUCAUCCAUUUCGAGGAAAUGAUGCUUUUGUGCAGUAAAACAAAACAAAACACCUUUCGACACCACGGACUGGUUGAAACAACUCGUACCGUCUCGGAGAGCGAUUGAGCAAUAGAAAGAAUCCAACCACAAGAAUUCCGUGAUCAAGGGGACUGUCGACUUUUUUUUCUGCAGCGGAGAAGAUCGAAAGACCAUUUAUUUGGUUGUGAGCUAUUUGGUUCUUUGGAAAACCGCAAACUGAAGCCAUAAGCCGGCAGGAUGGGCAAUUGAAAAUUAAUCGCUUGGAUCGAAACCCACUCACAUCGAAAGGUCGCCACUGACCAAAGCGAUGCCUUUGGCGUGGACACAUUUCAAGGCAACGUUCACGUUUGACCUGCCGAUUUGCAAGCAUUUCGAGAAAGACUUGCCUUGCAGUCCAGUCGGCUUCGUGAUUCACGAUAUGAGUAGCCAGGAAGUGGAGACCAUGUAGGGAACGACAAAACCCGAAAAGACACUUGGUCAGUACGGAUGUCUUGUGGUUGAUACGGUAGGAGGAGCACGUCCCGAUGCACUCACCCGUCAUGAUUUACCUGUAUGCGCGCAUGCAUGUAUGGUUGAUGGCAUGUCCUUCUUUUUGGGGUGCAGCCGACCGAAACUGUUUGCCACGGUAGAGCCGACCGCUGCCGCCCCUUUUCCUCCUCGAGAAAGAGAAAAGAAAAGAGCUAGACACAUGCCAAACGACACCACUUACCUACCUACAUGGCUGGGGGGAAAAGAUUCACAGAGCCAAACAACCCCGGACCCUCGCAAACUUUUUCUUGCCAUGAAACAAAAAAAGUGGCGUGAUUGGGGAAAAAAGGCCACUCGGAAAACCUGGCUUUCGACUCGAAAGAAGAGAACAAAAGAGAAAGAAUGAUGGAAAGCCGGACCACACCAGACCAAGAUUUGUCGAGAGCCUGCCGUGGACGUUUCUCGGGGGCACACCUUUACGGCACGACACCAGCUUCGGGUGCCUAUGAAAAGGAGGAUAUGCACUUUUGAUUGGUAGUUCGGGGGGCAUCGAGUACACAUGACGGAUCUUCCAUGUCCAUGUUCUUUUUGCCUUGCCAAGGUCACACACACACACACACACACACA